AUGGCGACGACCAAAGAGGCCGCUUCCAGCACCAGCACCUCUUCCUCUUCUCCUUCCAGCGACGCCAAUACAAAUAUAUCCGAUCACGGAAGUGGCGACUCGAAAACACUCAUCGUUGGUGUAGGUGUCGGUGUUUCGCUGGGGGUCAUAUCUCUCAUUUCGCUGAUAUGGGGUGUCUAUGAGCGGAGAAAGCGACAACAGCUUUUGAAUUCAAUGCCCUCAAUGAUGCCGAUGAACUCAGAUCCGUACGCGCCACCGGCAGUAGCAAAGAAUCAAUACAGUGAGCCUCAGGAGCUUGAGCCAUAG